UUAACGCCAACUAAAACUAAGGUCAAUCUUGCAGUACCGUUAGUUUACGGCACAAAAAGGGCCCGACCCGGCUUCCUGCUAUCGGUUUUGGAAGGAUGGCGAUUGCAGCAGCGGCAGCAAUAGCAGCGAUGCCAUCGUCAAUGGCUUUACUUACAAGACCAAAGCCCAAGUGGAAGUUCACUACUACGGCUUAUUCUUCAUUUUUCUCUUCUUCUUCCUCGCCAACAUCUAAAACUAGGAAGCUCGUCCUUUACUCGAAACCCGGUUGCUGUUUGUGUGACGGCCUCAAGGAAAAGCUCCAGGCCGCCUUCUUGCUCUCUGGUCCUGAUUCCCUCCACGAUGUCGAUUUGCAGGUGAGGGAUAUUACCAGCAAUCCAGAGUGGGAAAAAGCUUACCAGUAUGAGAUACCGGUUUUGGCAAGAGUAGUUUCUGAUGGCACUGAGGAAGUAUUGCAGUUCAGAAAUCCACAUUUUGGGAAGACUCCCUUGGUUGGUUUUCAGUCUGCAACUUUGCCAUUAAAUACAUUGGUUGAUUUUCAGUCCGUAACUUUGCCAUUAAAUACCUUGGAAUCACAUUCAUCGAGGGGGAAGAAGAACAUAUCUUCGAAUAGUGUUGAAGCAAGAAUUUAUUGAAAGCAUAGCGAGAUUGAAUAGUUAUCAUUAUACUAAAAGAACUCAUUGGGGAGUGAGAUGAUAGGUGAACCUAAAUAUGUUACAUCUAAGUGGCAAAAAGCUUUGAGAGGUUUCAUUUUAAAAUCUUGUUAAAAUUUCCUUUUUUUUUCUUUGUGGUUUUAUACCUUGCAGAUAUUAUGGCAGGCAAUAAUGUUCUAAAUGAGAGGGCCAGUUUCUCUUGAUAUCCUACAUUUUUGUUAGACAGAAACAAAAGGUUAAUGUUUUACAAUUUAGUUGGGUGACAGUAGAAGGAGAUGUCCUUCAAUGUUUUCUUUCUCUUUUAAGAUUGAUUAUUUUAGCUAUCGUUGCAGUAUUUUAUCAAUCACCCCAUUACAGAUUAUUGCAACUCUAUUUAUUUGGAAGGUCAUCUGCAGGAAAAAUCUAUUUAGCACAACACUUGUGCAAAGCAUGUAGUGGAUGUAGUGUCUUUUCUUCUUUAAAAUAUUUUAAAGAAGAUUGACUUAUAAAAUAAUGUAAAUCUAGGUCAACUUUUAGUUAGUUUGACAAUAUUGUAGUAUUAUCAGGUGUAUCUUUUUCAGCUGAAUAUAGUUGUUCUCGAAACAAACCUUGAUCUAUCCUUGUCAUUGGCCCAUAUUUUUCUUAAACAUUCUCUGAAGUUUAUGCAUGGAAUACAUCAACUUCUAUAAAAAAUCCUUUUGGCCCUAAAAUAGGUAAGAAAAUGGACAAAAAGGGAUUUCCAAAAUGACAGGUGUCACUAGGUGAGGAUGCAUCCAAAGGGAACCAGUAACGAGCGUGUUCUAGAUGAGUCCAAGUCUUGUUCUUGGCCUUUCCUUGAGAGUCCUUACAAUGAUGCAAUACCUGAUAUAAAUGGUAACUAAUAGCUGUUACUCUCAUAUUACAAUUUUGAAUUAGAAUUUCUGACUUCUUCAUCUCUAAAACAAUUUUAAAUUAGAAUUUCAUCAGAUGGUUAGAUUGUUCUCUGCCUUCUCCAUCUCUAAAAUAUUAGCAAGUUAAUCUCUCUUGUUGACUAGUUGUUGUCCCAGACUUCCAAUAGUUUACAUAAUAAGAUCAUUCGGAUAUGACAACUUCUGCAUCUAAAAGAUGUUGAACUUUAGUGAGAUGAGAGUUCACAUCAACAAUUUUAAAUUACAUGCAACUAAAAUUUGUGAGGAUCUGCUUUAGUGUCAGCUCUCUCUACUCUUUUCUGUCCGGUCAUAACUUUAACGAAAAAUAUCAUUUUCUCUCAAAAAUCAUUUGGAAAUCGGGUACCCCUCCAAGAAUUGCUUUUUUUGCCUGGGAAGCUGCAAAAGGGAAAAUCCUGACAAUUGACAAUUUGAUGAAAAGAGGGCAUACUAUUUUCAACAGGUGUUUCUUAUGUAAGAGAUCUCUUGAAUCAUGUAAUCAUUUACUUUUGAAAUGUCAAACAUCUCACAAAUUCUGAAGUAUGAUACUCGGGCUUUUGGGGAUCUCUUGGGUAAUGGCAGAUUCUGUUUAUUCCAAACUUCUAGUAUGGGAAGAUUUGAGUGGUAACAAAGCGCAUAGGUUAAUCACUCUUACUAUUUUCUGGGUUAUUUGGAAGGAGAGAAACAACAGGGCUUUUGAGGGGCUUGAACAAGAUUUUAAUAAUAUAAAAAAUAAAUGGUUUCAUUAUUUUGCCUCUACUGUUUUAGAACAUAAUUUAGAAUAUUUUGAAAAUCUUGGUUCUAUUGUAGAUAUGCUAAUUGACAUGUAAAUUUUUUGUAAAUGGGUGGUGCUCCCUUAGCACCUCACAUUAAUAUAUAUUCUCUUCUUUUAUUUAAAAAAAAAAUAAAUAAAUUGAGUGCAAAGUAAAGUAAAACAGUUUCAGUGGAUCCAGUAUUAGCAUUCUUGCAACAUACUAGGAGGGAACGUGUUUGAUCCGUUGGGUUUUGAUCGAUUUCUGGUUAAGGAGGAGUUUGUUUAUCUCGUGCUGCUCUAUAACUUACUAAAUUGUUGAAUUGGCAUUUUGAUAGGGUCUUGGGCAAAACUUAUUCGAAGUGAAGUAAGAAUUUGAAGAAAAUACCUCGCUAUCAAUGGUGUAGGAAGUAAAAACUAAGAUCCUUGAGCAUGUGGAAUAUGCACAUUGACCUGUAAAAGAUCAUUUGAUAGACAAUCUGUUACCUAUUUUGUUUAUGGGGUGAUAGUAUAGCUCUAGCUAUGAAGUAAGAAUCCUUCAACACAUACAGGUUAAAGAAAAAGUAAAAGAAAGAGAGAGGGUACAUCAGUGGAGAGUACCAUACAUGCCAAAUUUAGCAUGCUUCAUUACUGUGCCCCCUUCAAUGGAGUUACUUAUAGAAUUUUCAGCAUUAAAAGUCUUCCUCCCAAUUAGUGUUUUUUACUAGCAUAGAACUUAAUCCUUGUUUUUCCUGCAUAUAGAGGAUGAAGGAAAAAAUUCAAAAUCACAAGAAUGGCUCCAUAAGAAAAACUACGUAUGCCUAAAACUACUAUAUGAUUCUUGUGGACCUCCUCUUGCUCCCUAGGAGUAUUCUGUGAAGUAUAAUCUCUUUGAUAUGAGCAAGAACUCAACAUUUGUUGUAUCCAUCCUUGAUUUUUACCCGUUGAUUGUGAAGCUUAUAAUUGGAGUUUAAGCUCAAGUGAUAUGUCUGUUAAAUAAUGUACUUUACAUGUAAAUAAUUAAAGGUGAAUUAUGCUAAAAGACAUUAUGGUAAAAUCCGUCCUAUGUAAUUAAUUGUUGGUUUCCUUUCUGGUUGUGGAGAACUUGUAUAUAUAACAUUAAUAUUAUUUAAUAAUAUACCUGACAUAUCAUUCUUGACAUGGUAUCAGAAUUUUAAGAAAAAUACCGUAAUUUUUUUACAAACCCUAAUCAACCUUCAUUGUCAAAAUAAGAAAAACACAAAAAUCCUAAAUGGGAUUAGCUUUCAUAGCCAGCCAUCAGAAAAACUCCAGCGACCACAACCUGCAGCAAUGAGCACCAGCAAGCCAACAGCGCACUCACCCAGCCACAUCUGCACCCAGCCACAUCUGCCUCUGAGCCACAUCUGCCUCUGAGCCACAUCUGCACCCAGCUUUAUGCCUCCAGCAGUGUGCCUGCCACCCAGCAGUGCGCCUGCCACCCAGCUGUGCAUCCCUCCAACCACGCCUCUGUACAGCUGCCAUAACUAAUUCUGUCCUGGGUGCAACCUUCUGUCCAGCUACAUUCAGACCAUUAGUUUGUCUUAUCAAAUUGCCCUUAAUUUCCCUGAAAACUUUAAAUCAUGUAGGAGGUUAUGUCUCAAGUUAUUGGCGCAAAUUCCAACAUGGUAAAUUCACAACAACUCAAUGAAAUUUCAAGCAAUUCAGGCUGUCUAUUGCUUGAAUGCAAAGAAUUACCUGAAUUGGCUACAACUACUUCGGAUGAUUCUUAAAGAAAAAUGGAAAAUCAGUCAUAUUCUGGGCACCGGAUCUAAACUGGGAGACCCACAAUUUGAUGUCUAUGAUGAGGAAGAUUCAAUGAUAAUGACUUGGUUAUGGGAUUCAAUAUCACCUAAGAUAAGCAAUACUUGUAUGUUCCUAUCACUGCUAAGGAAGUUUGGGAAGCUCUUAAAGAAACUUAUUUCAAAGUAAAAGAUUCAGCCAUACGAUCUAAUAAUCAAAUCUUGGUUUUCCAAGCAUGGAAGUAGAUAAGUGACGAAGUAUGCUAAUUUACUGAAAAAUUAGUAGCAGAAACUAGAUCAAUACUACUGCCUUCCUAUGGAUUAUUCAACAGCCUUGAAGAAGUUUGUUGGAAAAGUUAGAGUCGAUUAAUUAAUGGGGGGUUUCAAUGCAGAAUUUGACCAGGUAAGGAUUCAAAUAUUGGGAAAAGAAGACAUGCUUUCGCUAAAUGAGUUGGAAAAGAAAGCAGGAGAGGAGUUAUGCCGAAAACCUCGCUCCAUUAAGAGCGCGGUCAUUAUUCAACGGUUCCAAAUCACUCCAACCGGUGAAGGAACUGAGUUAGAUUGACACACUAGCAAUAGGAGGAGAGGAUGAAGAUAAUAUGUGGUGUACCUUUUGCAAGAAGUCAAAGACACACCACGGAGAAAUGCUAGAAACUCCAUAAGAAGUCCACUACCUCAAGCAAGGAGUGAGGUAUAAAAUAACCCACAAAAUAUGGACAAGUUCAUGUAGUCAGCCAGGAGGAGGA